AUCGUCGGUUGAAAUUGCGCUGUAGCUCCGCCCCCCGUCGAAUGCCGCGCGCUGCUGCUGACGCUGACGAUGCGAGCGGAGACCGGAAACCGCGGUGUUGUGACGUCAACUUUAGUGUUUUGCUCCUUCGCCGCCUGCGCGACCGUGCCUGACCGUGCUUGUUUCUGCGUGCGUGCCGUCGUAAUCUGCUUCGAUCGACCCUGCAUUUCUUUGUUGGUGCGUCUGUGUGUAUGUAGAGUGGUGGUCAACGUGCGCAGCAUCAACUGAUGUGGUGGGCCGAUGAUGCCGUCUUUCUGUGCAGCCUACGGUUGCACGAACACCAGCGGCCGCGACGAUGUUGUCUUCCAUUGCUUCCCACAAAACAAGAAGCUUUUAAGGAAGUGGGAGGCUGCUGUAAAGCGAAAGAAUUUCAAGCCCUCAAGAACAACACUGCUGUGCUCCAACCACUUCCGUGACGACGAUUAUCACCAGAAUUUCCACUAGCAGGCUUUCUAAACGCAGCGCGAAAAGAUCGGAGCAACGAAAACAAAGACGGCACGAGUGCGGACUGACUGAUGAUAACUGGUGUUGGAAGGCCUUAUGAAUACACGGACUCGCCCAAACCUGGAUUUUGAUUUACUGCGAGCUCCUUCAUGUUAGCACGCUGAACGGAAGGUGCAUGUUUAUUUCCCGCCCUCGACGCAGGUUUCGUCGCAAAGAGCCGCGAAUUUUCUAUUUGCACGUGUGUUGUAAAACAGCCCGCACGCAGCUACCAUAACGCAGUGCAAAUGUAGAGUUUGCAUGUGCUGGAAAGCCGGCGCACGCCAGGACGCUACGCUCCCCCCGUCUCUCGCGCAGAGCGAGAAACCGACCGUCUCACGUAGCCGACGGAAUUCGCCACCUUUACGACUUCGGUUACCAGUAGUGUGCGGAUGGCGCACAGAUGAAGGACACUACACGUACUGCAUGAACCGGCCUCGUUAAUCCACAAUUCGAAAGCAACGAGCAAUGCGUGUUGGGCAAGUUGUUGCCUAUUGUGGCACCAUCAUCGCCACCGCAGUUCUUUCAUCCGUGGCAUCCACAUUGCCUGAAAGAAAGAGUUACCUCUCUCCGUUUCAAGAUGCGUGGAAGACCUUUCUUCAGACCCCCGUGUUCGUGCUGUACCAGAGAUCGUACGAACGUGACCUCCUUGUCGGGGGGGACGGCCAGUGCUUCCAUGGGAGAAACUACGAGUGGAAUCACGAAGAAAAAUACUCCCUUGCCGAGACGUAUUACUGGGACAACGCGACGGCGAAAAUCAUAAAGAUCGUUGUGUACUUAUACCCUGAAGCAACCCCAGGAUAUGAGGUGCCGAAUGCAAUGGCGAUCUCUCCCUACAAAGGCAAGCUUGUGUCCACCUACUAUCCAUUCGUGGUCUCAGAAUAUGACAACUGUGACAUACUCCGUUCUCCGAGGCACGACAAUGGCUGCGAGCUCUGGGUCACUCGGCAGGGGGUGCAGAAUGUCAGCAACGCCUGCCUAUUCAUCUACGAUCUCUUAUGCGGACCUAACAAGUUUCAAAAGUAUGACGAGGACUUCUGCAGAGAUAAAAUUCAGAUUACGUAAUAAAUGCCU